AGUAAUGCAGCACGCGCUCCGCCUUCAGUCACAGUAGAGUAAGAUCUGCACUGGCAGUAUGGCAGCGUCCAGUAAGAGAUGACCCCAUUUUAACAGAAGGAUCAAGCUUUCUUGGCUUCUAACAGGAGUUUAUGUUUGUACUUGUUGUUUCCGUGGAUCUGGUGUUAAAGCUGGUGUAAAAUGUGGGCAUUACAGAUUUUCCUUGCCAACUUUCUAGAUCAUUUACACCAGUUGAUGCUUCAAAAACCCACCUGAAAACACAAUGUCAGUCGGUAAGGCAGCUGUGAAAGUGGUGCGUUUAGGGAGAAUAUCCUACCGCAGUGCCUUGAAGGUCCAGCAGCAGCACAUAAAGCAGCAUCUGGAUUCAUGCAGCACCAGCCCAAACACUUUAUUACUGUGUGAACACGAGCCUGUGUACACCAUUGGCAUCAGACAGGCUCCUUACCCUCCUGAGGAGGAGCAGAGGCUCAAAGCCCUGGGCGCAGACUUCUUCCGUACCAACCGAGGAGGUCUAAUAACGUUUCAUGGUCCUGGUCAGCUGGUGUGUUAUCCCAUCCUCAACCUCACCUGCUUUAAGAAGAGUGUGAGAUGGUAUGUGUGUGAACUGGAAAGGACGGUGAUCAAGAUGUGCAGUACAUUUGGGAUCGAAGCCUCCACUUCUCCAGAUACAGGUGUCUGGGUGGGCAACCACAAAAUCUGUGCAAUUGGUAUUCAUUGUGGAAGAUACAUCACCUCCCAUGGACUGGCUCUUAACUGCAACACGGACAUGAGUUGGUUUGACAACAUUGUGCCGUGUGGGAUUGUGGGUAAAGGUGUGACGUCACUGAGCCGAGAGCUGGGGCGGGACGUCCCACCUGAGGAAGCCAUACCAAAACUGCUGGAAGCCUUUACUGAACAAUUCAACUGCACUUUAACAUACAAUUAAUAAAUGUAUGCAUACUUUUAA